UCAAAGUUGACGUGACGUCAGAGCGGGGCUCGUGGUUGGAAGCUUCGCGGGAAAACCUCUCAAAACAAAUCGGUACCGAUGGUCGCGUGCUGAACUUUAACCUCCGGUACCGUGAGCUCAGCGGUGUGACGUCACUGUCGGUAACGAACCAGUCGGUUGAACCAUUAGCUCUUCUGUUAGCUCCGGGCUAACGCUAAUCCGUUAGCUUAGCACUGAGCUGCUCCGGACAGUGGAGCGGGGAACUCACGGUGAGCAGUCCGGGAUAAAGAGUCGGUGACCGGGGAGAGUGAUGGCGGAGAGACCGGAAGACCUGAACCUUCCUAACGCGGUGAUCACCCGCAUCAUCAAGGAGGCGCUCCCCGAUGGAGUGAACGUGUCCAAAGAAGCAAGACGAGCCAUCUCUCAGGCGGCCAGCGUGUUUGUGUUGUACGCAACCUCCUGUGCAAAUAAUUUUGCGAUGAAAGCCAAAAGAAAAACUCUGAAUGCAGGAGACGUGUUGGCUGCGAUGGAGGAAAUGGAGUUUGAACGAUUCCUGGAGCCUCUCAAAGAAUCUUUGGAAGUGUAUAAGAAGGGCCAGAAAGGAAAGAAGGAGGUGACGGAGCAGAAGCGCAAAGAUAAAGAGAAGAAGACCGACUCUGAGAACGACAAGAGCAGGGAGGAGGAAGAGGAGGAGGAGGAGGAGCGAAUGGAUGAGGAGCCUGAAGCCGAGAAUGAAGGGGAGGAGGAGGAGGUGGAGAAUUGAGGAGGUUUCAUCAGAGCACUGGUGACAUGAACGAUGAAAUACACUCACUCCUCUGACGUUAACCCCCCCCACUGGACGCGUUCAUCAUCCAAUCACAGUGAAGCAGUGACAUCAGGUUUCAGAACAGAGGAGGAGUUACAGACGUCCAACUUCUGUCUUCCACACACACACACACACACACACACACACACCAUGCACUUCACAUUUGUCUCGUUCCAUUUUGUGUUUAAUUUUUUUAUAGUAACAUUUUGAUAUUUGCGCUGUUUGAUUUCUUCUGUAACACAAUUUCUCGACCGUUACUUUUAUUUACACCUGGCAUUAAAAUACUUCAUCAGUAAUCAGAUUACAUCGAGCUCGACCCGAUGACAGUAAAGUGUAAAGGCACCAAAGAAACAGAGGACAGAUUGAGAUCCGAUUGGCUGAACCCUGCAGGGGUUCAUAUUGUGAAUAUGAGUGUACAUGUUGUGUACAUGUGUGUAAAUAAUCACAUGACUGUUCCAGAUCAGCGAGUCCCAGCAGCCAUUAAACAGGAAGUCGUCCUCUCCUCCGGCCUCAUGAUUGUGUGAGAGUAAACCAGACCAACAGUAACACAACAUCUGCAAUCCUCCUCCUGUUGUCGUGGAGCUAAUGACUGGAUAGAUCUGGAUACACGAGGGUUAGGGUGUAACUGGAGUCAAACUACAUCCUGAAUUUGUCAUUGAACCAACACAGUGGAACUCACCCAACUCAAUUCCACCAAGCUCAUAAAUGUCCGACCUUUAAAUAUGUACAAGAUCAAUUCAUUAUUCUGAGAAAUUGGGAAAAAGUCAAAAGCCUGAUCUCACAUCGUUAAAGAUUAUAAAAACCUGGAUCUGCCCCGUUUAUCGAAUCCGAGACAUUAGUUCUUCUGUUUUUUCUUGGCCGACGUCCCAUCCCUCCAAGUUUCAAUAAAAUCCAUUUCAUAGUUUG